CACCGGCGCGGUCGUCGCCGGGGACACGGCGGCGACAGGCAGAAGUCCCGCCGCUCACACUCAGAGAGCGACCCCAACGCUACCAUGGCGGCUAAGAAGAACCGGUGCCAAGAGCGGCAGGCGAACGGGCGCGUGCGGGUCCGGGGCCACCGGAGCCGGCUGCAGAAGGAGCGCAUGCGCAUGCGCAGGCAGAAAAGGGAGGCGGCCGCGCGGCGCAAGCCAGACCUGCUGCAGGACAGCAGCACGUCUGACAGCGACAUCACCGCACAGUCGUCAUCAUCGUCGUCAUCGUCAUCAUCCUCAGAUAAUGAGCACGGUGCCGGCAUCAAUUCACACACACCAGGUAUGCCAUGUGGACACCUACACAUGCACCUGCACACGCUCCAGUUAAUAGCAUCCUCACACAAAAAUCUAGCAAUUUAG